GAGAGUUGCCACAAUGUACAGCUACAGGCUACGGUACAUCAUCAUGGGGUCCCGACUCCCCAUGGACCCAUGAUGCCAAUGGGGAGUUGACAAGAGGAUCGAUCAGAUUGUCAGAGCUCAUGGCUAGCUACACAAGCUAGCUACAAUUGUUGAUUGUGAGCUGAGCUGUGGCAAGAGCUGAGCUGCAGGUAAACUGCUCAGCUCUAAGAUUACUUAGGAAUGCCGCCACCAGUCGCGCCACCAGGUCCCAGCUAGACAAGGGCACAAUUAAUGUGACUGUUGGCGUUGAAGCCUUGUUGUCAAGAAGGGACAAGUGUGUGCUUAAUUCGAUGUUGAAGAAGAAGCGUUUGUAGGGCCUGCUGCUAGGUUUAUUUACGGUAAUUGAAACAAGGAGGAAGUUAAGACGGUGCACCUGAUUGCAACACCGGCCUGGGAAGCAUGAGGAUAGUCGGACUAACAGGCAACAUUGCAUGUGGAAAGAGCUGGGUUAGUGGCGUGCUCGCAGCGAAAGGGGCCCCAAUCAUUGAUGCAGACAAGAUCUCUCAUGACGCGGCGAAGCGGGGCACUCCAGGUUAUCGCCGAGUUGUGAAGGCUUUCGGCACUGACUUUCUGCAACCGGAUGGGGAGCUAGACCGACAACGCUUGGGCAACCUCGUCUUCCAGGACCAAGCCAAGAGGAAGAAACUGAACAGCAUCCUCCAGCCGUUGAUUGGCAUUGAGAUCGCACGCCAGCUGGCGUGGCACUGGCUCCGAGGCUGCCGGGUUGUGAUCCUUGACGCGCCCCUUCUCUUCGAGGCCAAAAUCAGCUGGCUAACGAAACCCAUCGUUGUCGUCUCGUGCAACGAGGAAACGCAGCUUCAACGAUUGCGAGCGAGGGACGGACUUUCGGAGCAGCAAGCACGCGACCGGAUCAACUCGCAGCUGCCACUGACGUGGAAAGAGGCACGCGCCGACGUCAUUAUCAAUAACUCGGGUACUCGGGAGGAAACCCGGACACAGGUCGACGCUCUCUGGCAAAAGAUCAACGGACGACAGACUUUCUUCCAAAGAAUAACGUCGAGAAACGGGCUGCUCUUCGCAGUGGGGAUUCUGGUUGUAGGUUUGAAGAUUUUGAGGUGACAGCAUUGGGUGAAGGCAGGCUGCACUUUUGCCCAUUGCGUAAACCACCUAAUUGUCUGCAUCAUGAGUCCGAACAACAUGGCAUGUUGUUCGGACUCAAUCCCGGCUGCGCAUGCAAUGCUUUGAUAAAUCUUUAGCUACAAAUUCAGGCCGGCUCUCACGUGCACUUCAUAGGUACGUC